UCCGAUAUUCCAUAAAUAUAAAAAACCUAAACCGAGAGAAUAACAUCAACUGCGUCUCAAUCGAAAUAAUGACUGAAAAAAAAUAAACGAGAAGAAAAAAUCAGACUAGAAUUUCAUCAUAAAUUAGAUCAAUUGCCAGCACCAGCUACCACCAUGUGAAAUGAUGAAGAGAGAUAUCGAUCCCAGACCCCCACCUACACCACAAUCUGAGGAAACCAGAGAGAGAAAGAGAUAUUGCCAGCUGAGGCACUUGGAUGAGUAGUACACCACCAAAAGGUCGGGCACCAUUUGCCUCCAUGUUGAAACUCCCUGGGACAAAGUGUACGACAAUUAUCUAUUUGUAUCAAUUGUUUUUAAAUAAAUGAAUCAAUAAUCAUACAAUUGAUAAUUCAAUUGUGCUUCCAGUGGUGUUUGACGAAUGAUUCUACGACUUGAUGAAUCAAUAAGAAGAAAGAUUCAUUAGGCUCUUGAUUAUAGACAGUUGAUAAGAUGUGUGGAAGUUUCACGUGCUCCAAAAAUGCUCUGACAGCAUUAAAUAUUCUCUACAUCGUCGUUGCUUUCAUCCUGAUUGGAGUUGCUGUCUAUGGAAGGGCCUCAGCCCUCGUCACCAAUCUACCAAUUAUUGGGGGAAUUCUCGCUUGUGGAGUUAUUCUUAUUCUCAUAUCGAUAUUGGGACUCAUCGGUGCUGUCAAGCAUCAUCAAGUGCUGCUCUUCUUCUACAUGCUCAUCCUCUUUCUGCUGUUCCUCGUGCAGUUCAGCAUCGCUUGUGCAUGUCUUGCUGUGAAUACUAAGCAGCAGGAGGAAUUGGCUGAGCAGGGAUGGAAACGCGUUAGUCCUCAUAUCAAGGAGCAGGUGCAGACCACCUUCACCUGCUGUGGAUUCAAUGAUUCAUUGCCACUUGAUGAUCCUGCCAUGAGCAGACCCUCCUGUGAAGUCGUUAACAAAAUCUGCUGUCCAGGCCCCAGCAUCGAUCCAGACUGUUCCUGCAAGCCCUGCAUGGAGAAACUCCAGUCAACAAUUGAUUAUGCAUUUAAACUCUGCGGAGGCAUCGGCCUUUUCUUCAGUUUUACUGAGGUGAUUGCUGCAUUUCUGGCAAGACGCUAUCGGAAUCAAUUGGAUCCUGACGAGAAAGCUACGAGAUCUUUGUUCCCGAGACUCAAUUAUGUUUACUGAUUGACGAGAAUUUGGAAUUCAUCAAUCGAUCAAAUGGAAAUCCAAAAAUACUAAUCAAAAUUCUGGAACAUACAUAAGUUAAUGUAUUAUAGAAGUUAAGGAGAUCAAGAUGAUUUAGGCAGAUUUUUUUUCAAUUUUAUCGGGAGGAACUAGAGGACUGGGGUAAAUGGACAGUCUUGACUACUUCAAAAUGAAUUUCAGCCGCGAAGUGGUAAAAUAUGAUGAGUAAUUUAUCGAAAGAACAUCUAAAAAAAAUAUCGCAGAAGCUUUUUUUUUGUUGGGAAUUGCAUCAGUUGCGAGGGGCGAAUUUUUUUCGAACUGACCGGUAAUUAAGGAAAAUUAUAGAGUUGAUUAAUUAUUUUACCACUUCGCUACUGAAUUUAAAUGACGAAUUUUUGAAUACAUGAGACGAUUUUAUCUUCUAAUGAAGGAUUUUUCAAGAAUUCCGAGGUGUAAAUAUUUUAGAAAGGGUCAGGGCUGUUCAUGAGUCCUUUAUAGGAGCCAUACGUAAUUUUUGUAAACCGUGGACAUUAAUUUUCAAUAUUUCGAACGUGUAAAUUUUUUGGAAGGUAAUAAUAGUCAUAUAAUGUGCUCUAGUCAGCCACAGAUAAUAGUUUUAGGCCGUGAGGACAAAAGAGUAUAAACCUCGAAGCGCCUUGCCUUCGAGGAUUCUCGAGAUUUUACGUAAACAUUUGUUUAUUAUUAUUAAAAUUUGUAUAUGAUUUUUAACGCCUGAUUUUUUAAUGCAUUGAUUAAGUUUGGGUGUAUCGGUUCAUCCAGACUAAUCAAUUGGUGUGGUCAAUUAAUAUACGUUUACGAUUAUUUUCAAUUCUUCCUUCAUCGCGCAUUAUCGUACUGUUAUACUAUGAUGUCAAAUGUAGAUGUAGACGCGGCAUUUCAACAUGAUGUUCUGUUCAUUGUGUUGAAUGUUACAAACUUGCUUCGAGUUUAUGCAAUAAACUAUGAUAAUAAAAAAACAUAUGAGCAGAA